AUGCAGCGUCUCGAUUUGUCGGAGAGCAUGGCCCGGGCCCUGUUUCUGGACUAUGGCACAAAUGGAUUGAAGCGACAUGAACACAAGAACGCCCCUCAGCCAGACCCGGAGACUGAAUCCGACCAUGAUGCAGAUGCGGUGAAGGAUUUAGAGAUGAAAGUGAUGGUCCAAAAGACUGUAGAACUCCGCGUCCAAGUCAAGACGUUGGAGCAACAAGCGCGGGAUUUCCGGCUGGAAAAUAUCAGGUGCAAGAAGGAAAUUUCAAACGUCCGAGAAGAAUGCGAAAAUGCGAAGAGGGAAAAGGAGAGGGCUGAAGAAAGAUAUCAAAAGGAAAUUCAGGACCUGCUUGCGGAGAAAGCGCGCAUGGCAAUAAAGCAGGGGGAGCUCAGAAACGAGCUCUAUAAGAUGCAUGUGGAGCAUGGCCGCUAUGUGAGGGAAACGGAGAAGGAGAAAUGGAUGCUAGGGAGGGAAAAUCGGGUGACAGAAGAAAGAAUGUCUGCGGAGGUCAAGCAGAGGGAAGCAGAGCUUACGAAACUCAGGACGGAAAACGAAGGUUUUCAAAAAGUCACUGAUGAGAUCUCCGCUCUCAAAGAAGAGCUGAAAGAGGUGCGCCAAAGCCAGUCUGACGAGCGAUACGACAUGGUCCGCUUCCAACUCCGCGUCGACCAGGUAGUCGCCAUGCUGCAAUGUACUACCUUGACGUCGGAAGCGCGAGAAAACACCAAGGAUGACCAGAUUGUAAGAAAAAGUUUAGAGGAGUUGAAGAAGAUCACUCAGGAGUGUGCGAUGUUGCGGAUGUCCCGUGGAGAUGAUGUUUUUGAGAUGGGGAGAAACUUGCUGAAACUGACGCGAAGGCGACCAACUUGA